ACGUCGCAGUCGUGUGUAUAACAUUUUCGUUUAACACUAUACCACCUAUUCUUCUCGCACAUUCGCACGCUCCUGCAUCUCCAUCCGUCGCCACCACCUCCACCGCCUCCGCCUCCGCCCCCGCCCCCUCUUCCGCCGCCACCAAUGUCUUCGGCGGCCGGUGAACCCUCCUCCUCCUCCGCCGCCGCCGCCGCCAUCUCUUGCUCCUCCUCCAACGACGACGAGAAGCCACCGCCGUCUCUGGAGGGGAAGGAGCUGCGGCGAGUCGAGGAAGAGGAGCCCGCCGCCGCCGCGCGCCCCGAGAAGCUCACGGAGGGGUCCUCGCGCGCCGCUGAGGCUGAGGAGGAGGAGGAGGUGGUGGAGGAUGAGGAGGACGAUGACGAGGAAGAUGAGGGGAAGGUGGCGGAGGCCAUCGACCUCGGCCCCAGGGUCAGCAUCAAGGAGCAGCUCGAGAUGGACAAGGAGGAUGAGAGCCUUCGGAGAUGGAAGGAGCAGCUUCUUGGCAGCGUCGAUUUGAACUCAGUCGGAGAGUCACUGGAGCCAGACGUGAGGAUCACAAGCCUGUGCAUCCUGUCACCGGGGCGGCCGGACGUCCUUCUGCCGCUGCCCGUGGAGCCGAGCAACUCCAAGGAACCAUGGUUCACCCUCAAGGAAGGCAGCACGUACAGGCUCAAGUUCACCUUCUCUGUCAGCAGCAACAUCGUCUCUGGCCUCCGCUACACCAACACCGUAUGGAAGGCCGGCAUCCGAGUGGACAAAACCAAGGAGAUGCUUGGCACGUUCAGCCCUCAGCUGGAGCCGUACACUUACGUGACGCCUGAGGAGACGACCCCCUCGGGAGUAUUUGCUCGGGGAUCAUACUCUGCAAAAACAAAGUUCGUCGAUGAUGACCGGAAGUGCUACCUGGAGAUCAACUACACCUUCGACAUCCGCCGGGACUGGCCCUGCAAGUCCUGAGAAGCUGGACACCAAGCAGAAGAGGAUGGCAGGCAUCUGUGAAAGAGGCAUGUUCAGGCUGCCCUGUCCCUGUCUGCUCUGAUCUUUUCAGAGUGUAAGGAUGAUUGGUUACAGCGAUUGUUUGUAGACACAUAGUAGAUUCAUUUGUCAGGUCAGCAUUGUUAAUCUGUGCCUGUCGCUCGAGCUCAGUUGUAAACUUGGAAUGCUGGGUGUUCAGAGAAUUGUACUACUAGCUCCGUUUUCAAGCAACGGUUGCAGGUUGAAUUGCCUCGUUGUGUACAACGAUAGGCAAAUGGCAACGUUA